UUCGCAAUAUUAUCAAAAAAAAUUACAAAUGUUUUUCCAAGAGAACAGGCUGCCACUUAUUAUGUGGCACCCAUUCCAAAAAAAAUGUCAGGUAAUAAAAUACAUGAAAAAGCUCGGGGUAAGCUGGUCGACAAGCAAAGGAACUUGCUGUAUAUGGUAAAAAAACUUAAAAGCCCUAAAACAAACGAGAUAGAAGCAGACGAAUCCUAUCAUCAAGAAGUAAUUGAUCAGGAGGCAAAAGACAGUGAAAUUUGGUUGCGACGAAACACCCAGCCGCAAUGCGAAGUGUUACAACACUGGAAGCAAUCCUAUCUUGCUAGAAGAAAUACGCAAUUUCAAACUAUUGCGCAAUUUUUGGAACAGUGGCCAAUUUUAAGAUCUCCAAUUGCCCCUGAUCUGAUUAAUUAUGACUUCGCGCAAGUGCACAAAGUUCCCGAGAAUUUUGACCUACAGACUGAAUUUCAAAAUUUGUUUGAGGCUGUACUAACGCAGAGAAAAUCAUCGUUAAGUCCUGCUGAUAAUACUAUUUUGCAGCUGCUAGAUACCGAUGAUAUAACUUCUGAUUCACGAAGAGCGAUCCAACUGUAUUUGCUGGCAUCACUAGUGCCUCCAAAAGGGAGAACCAAAGUAAAGAAGCUUCACUGGAAGCCCUCUAUUACUGAAGCAAGGGAAGGUGUUUUCGUGCAUGUUUUAACACCAGGCGACAUUGAACAGGCAAAAAAACAAAAAAUUAAUUCAAUGUACUCUAAAGGUCUCACUGUGCAGCCUUAUUUUAUAAUCAUUGGACCAAGCCUUAAUAACAUUUCCCAAACUCUUGUUAUAAUUAAUCAAAAUACAUAUCAAUGCAAUUCCAUUCUUGAAGCAUUGGACUUCUGUUUUAAAUCGUACAUUGUUUUGGAUGCAAAAUAUCCAUUUCAAUCGCAGCACUUAUGGUAUCUAAUCCAGUGGAUUGUUUAUAAAUAUAGAGCAGCGACAGAUCCAAAAAUACUUUUUAUCAAUGAUCUCGUAAAUUCGUAAAUAAUAGUACAUAUUACGUUUUUGCUCUUAGUUUUGACUGAUUUGUAUAGCAUGUUAAAACGGAACUAUAUUUGGUAUUAAUGCGAACCCAAGGCACAAUAAUGGAAUCUUCACAAGGAUAUAUAUGCUUUAAAUGUAAAGAAAAUUUUUUUUCCCAUAAAAACCUAAUCAAACACAUAAAAAUAUCUCAUUUUUUUUUGACUGAGUACCGUUGUGAACAAUUAUACUGUUUCCGGUCUUACAAAGAUCUGAAUGGCUUGCGAAAACAUUUUCAAUCUCAACAUGAUAAUCUUCCAGUGGAAAGUCUUUCAAAGAACACACAAGCUGUCAGUAAGACAACAAAUAUCUCAAGUGUGACUGAUCAUUUAUCUGAUUUAGCUAAUUUUCAUUCAGGUAGUUCAGAAACUACUUCUACUUCUGUACCAGCAGCUCCCCAAAAUUAUGAUUUAAAUAAUGAAACAAAUAUUAGAUCUUUUAUUACUAACUAUAUGUGUACUCUUUAUAGUAAUACCUCAGUAAAUAGAAGUGUUGUGCAAUUCGUAAUUGAAAACACAAAAAUAUUAAUUGACAAAAUUCUCACACACAUUUUUGAAAAUUUCUCAGAAGCCAAUGUUACUACAGCAAAAGAAAAUCUACGUUAUACAAUAAAAAAUAUUCUUUGUCUUUUCGAAACUACAAAUUCUGAACAUCAGAGACUGAAACUUUUAGAAAAAUGUGAAUCCUUUAUUAAACCCUUUCCAUUUACUAUAGGAAUCACAACUUGUUUGAAUAGAAUUGAUACUUCAGAGGAAGCAACAUUAUCGGUUCGCGAAGCACGCGGACAAAAAGUGUGUAUUCGUACGGUUCUCAAAAAAUUCUUAGAAUUACCAAAUGUUUUAAACAAAAUAGAUUACUUUGUUCAAUCACAGGAAGAAAUUUCUUCUGAAAUAGUUAGUAUAUUCCAAGGAGAGCUGUGGAAGUCUUUAAAGUCACGUUUCAUAAACAAGAAGGUAUUUCCUAUUUAUAUAUUUUUUGAUGAUUUUGAACCAAUUAAUCCAUUAGGCUCUAGAGCUGGCAUUUACAAAAUAGGAGGUGUGUAUCUAUCCUUAGCUUGUAUCCCUUUUGAAUUCGCUUCCUUAAUUGAAAAUAUUUUCUUAGUUCAAUUAUUUUAUUCCAGUGAUAGGGCUAGACAUGGAAAUAAAAAAAUAUUUGAAAGUCUCAUUGACGAUUUAAUUUUUUUGGAACGUGAAGGAAUUUACGUGGAUAGACCUGACGGCAUACAGGAAAAAAUUUAUUUCACUCUAUUUCUUAUAUUGGGUGAUAAUUUAGGCUUAAACAGCAUAUUGGGAUUUAAUGAAAGUUUCAAUUCCGAUCAUUUUUGCAGAAUAUGUUUAGCCACAAAGCAAAUGUCGCAGGUAGAAGUCGAUCAAUUAAAAUUUAUUUUGCGAAGCAAAGAAACUUAUAAUUCUCAUAGCACUAAUUUUUCACAUGGGGUAAAAGAAUCCUGCAUUUGGAAUGUAUUACCAAAUUUUCACGUAACAAACAAUAUUUGCUGUGAUAUGAUGCACGAUGUUCUGGAGGGUAUUCUAAGGUACGAUAUGGCUUUCGUUAUCAAUUCGCUUAUUAGAAAAAAAUAUUUUAGUCUUGAUCAUUUAAAUGAACGAAUAAAAUUUUUUAAGUUUUCUAAGGCAGAUGCAGGUAAUCCUAUGCCUCAAAUUAAGUCGGACCAUUUAAAGAAAAACCAUAUAGUGAUGAGUGCAUCUGAAAUACUUUCCUUAACAGUAUAUUUUAGUUUUCUUGUGGGGGAUUUAGUGCCCCCAGAAGAUGAAAUAUGGAUAUUUUAUAUUAUAACGGUACAAAUUUUAGAAAUGAUGUUAAAUAGGGUGUUCACCACUCAAUCUAUAGCAUACUUAAGUAUUUUAAUUGAGGAACAUCAUACAAUGUUUAUUGAACUAUUUAAACAACACUUGAGACCUAAGUACCACAUACUGUUGCAUUAUCCUUCGGUUAUUAGAAUGAUUGGCCCUCCCCGACACUACUGGUCAAUGAGGUUUGAAGGAUUUCACAAGCUUUUAAAAAGUACAGCUAACAAUACAGCCAGUCGCAAGAAUUUGUUGGUUACUUUGAGUAUCAAACAACAGUUAAGAUUAUCUUCUAGAUUGGCCAACAAAAAGGGAUUAGAGUGUGAAAAGAGAUGUGGACCAUGUAGUACUGUGAACACAAGUCAUACUUUUAAAAACAAAUUUAGCAAUAAAGCUGUUUCUGUGCCUUGGGUAAACAUUAACCAUGUUUUGUUUAAGAAGGGUUUCUUUCUCAGUAUUAGUGACGAUAGUGAUGAGACUGAUGGUUUAGUUACUUUUGGCAAAAUAAUAGAUAUUAUUAUUGAAUCAGAGUCUAUAUUUUUUUUAUUGUCAAUUUAUGUUACUGUUGGAUUUAGCACUCAUUUUCAAGCUUAUGAGGUAUCGAAACUAAGUAAGAACACAUUAAUAAUUCAUCCUUUUCAGUCUUUGCAAAAUAACAAUGUUUAUAACAAUCGUGUAUUGGGCGACGGUCGUAGUUUUAUUUCUAUGAUAAAAUAAAAGCAUAACUAAAUUAAUUACCAAUUAAUAUAUUAGUUGGCCUAAAAUAUUUGUGUACAUUUUGCGAGAGUCCACUACA